GCUCUCUGCUGGCCGAAGAUGUAACUGUGCCAACGUCUUUCCGUUGCCGCCUGCCGACCAAAACAUCAGCGCUCUCUCCUGGUCUGUCACACUCCUCUGCUGCAUGGAGGAGCCGUGUCCAGUCCACUCAACACGACCAGGCACCGGUGAAUGAAACCGGGCCCGUGCUGCAGUACCGAACAUUCGUGUGGACUUUGUGAUUUCUGAGAUAUGAGUCAGCGUAACACUAUAUUAGAGCUGAGCAGUUAGUGGGGCCUGCUCUCUGGAGUCAUGGAGCUGUCAGACGGCCUCCUGCUGCAGGUGAACAGCGGCGAGCAGUGGUGCAACCACUGGAAGCACCCCAAUGAGGACUCGGACCGUAGCACCAGCCCAUCUGUUUUGCGCUGUGUGACGAGCACGUGGAAGGAGGGUCUACUCAACAGAAAGAGGCCCUUUGUAGGACGCUGCUGCCACUCCUGUACACCACAGAGCUGGGAGAGACUGUUCAACACGAGCAUUCCUUCUCUGGGGCUGCGUAAUGUCAUCUACAUCAACGAGACACACACCAGGCAGAGGGGCUGGUUAGCACGCAGGCUGAGCUAUGUGCUGUUUGUCAUGGAAAGAGAUGUGAAUAAGGACAUGUUCCCCAGAAAUGUGGUGGACAAUGUGCUCAACAACAGCAGAGUGGAGAGUGCUAUCGUGGAGGUAGCUUCAGAGAUGGAUGCUGCUAACUCAUCUGCAGCUGCCAAAAAAGUGAAGCAAAAAGCCCGUUCUUUCCUCCAAGAAAUGGUGGCCAAUGUUUCACCUGUUUUUAUCAGGCUGACUGGAUGGGUGCUACUAAGGCUCUUCAAUGGUUUCUUCUGGAGCAUUCAGAUCCACAAGGGCCAACUAGAAAUGGUCAAGAAAGCUGCUUCAGAGCAGAACGUGCCCAUGGUCUUCCUCCCGGUGCACAAAUCGCACAUCGACUACCUGCUCAUAACGCUGAUCCUAUUCUGUCAUAACGUUAAAGCUCCACACAUCGCAGCUGGCAACAACUUGAGCAUGCCCAUUCUCAGCACCCUUAUUCGUAAACUGGGAGGAUUUUUCAUUCGUAGGAGAAUGGAGGAGACAAAUAAUGGGAAGAAAGAUGUUUUGUACAGGUCUCUUUUACAUGCAUACACAGAGGAGUUACUGAGGCAACAGCAGUUUUUGGAGGUCUUCCUGGAGGGGACUCGAUCUCGCAGUGGUAAAGUGUUACCAGCUCGGGCCGGCAUGUUGUCCAUCGUGGUGGACACUCUGUGCAAAGGGACCAUCCCAGACGUGCUAGUGGUCCCGGUGGGCAUUUCUUACGACCGCAUCAUCGAAGGCAACUACAACAGUGAGCAGCUGGGCAAACCCAAAAAGAAUGAGAGCUUGUGGGGAAUAGCGUGUGGUGUGUUCAGGAUGCUGAGGAAAAACUAUGGAUGUGUCAGAGUGGAUUUCAUUCAGCCAUUCUCCCUCAAGGAAUACCUGGAGACUCACACCAGCCGGCAUGUCCCUCCUCCUAUGUCCCUGGAACACACCCUGAUGCCCAGUAUCAUAUCAGCCCAACCGGAUGCGGUGCCAUUCGAUGGUGAAGGUGACGAGCAGGACAACAGAGAGCUGCCUGAUGAGAUCUUUAGACGGCACUUGAUCACUAACCUGGCCAAGCAUGUUCUCUACACGGCGAAUAAAUCAUCUGCCAUCAUGUCCACACACAUCGUCGCCUGUCUGCUGCUCUACAGACACAGACAGGGGGUGGUGCUGUCCAAACUGGUGGAGGACUUCUUUAACAUGAAGGAGGAGAUCCUGUCCCGGGACUUUGACCUCGGCUUUUCAGGGAACUCAGAGGAUGUGGUGAUGAGAGCGCUUCACCUGCUGGGCAACUGUGUGAAUGUCACCAGUGCUUCAAACCGUAAUGGAGAGUUCACUAUUGCACCCAGCCAAACCGUCAAUGCCCUCUUUGAGCUCAACUUCUACAGCAAUGGCCUGUUUCAUGUCUUCAUUCCCGAUGCAAUCAUUGCCUGCAGUAUCCUGGCAUUGCAGAGGGAGCUUUUGGUGGAGUCCGAGUCUCAGAUACAGGACAGCCCAUUUAACCUCCUCUUGAGUCAGGAGCGACUGAUCCGAAAAGCUGCCGGACUGUCCCACUUCCUCAUCAAUGAAGUCAAUGUGGCACCGCCGUGUGUGACCAUUUACCAGGUUUUCCUUGAUGCCGUGAAUAGACUCAUCCAGUAUGGAGUUCUGUACGUGGCAGAGGAGGAUCAAGAAGAACUGAGCCCAAGUCCCACCGAGGAGCCGUGGCCCAAGAAAUUUCCUGAGCCUCUUUCUUGGAGAAGUGACGAGGAAGAUGAAGACAGCGAUUUUGGUGAAGAGCAGAGAAUACGCUACCUAAAGGUGAGCAUUUCGGCAGAGCAUCAGGAGUUCUUCUUGUUCCUCCAGCGCCUCCUCAGUCCCGUCCUGGAGGCCUACGGUGGAGCGGCCAUCUUUGUCCACAGUCUGAGUCAGCCCAUGGCCGAAUCUGAGUACACGCUGCGGCUCUUCAAAUACCUGCUCACACGCACCGAGAGGGGGGUGGCAGCUUACGGUGAAAGUGCAACUCACUAUCUGGUGAAGAAUACAGUGAAGACAUUCAAGGAACUUGGGGUCCUAAAGGAGCGUAAAGAGAACAAGAUUACGACUUUGGAGCUGAGCAACACCUUCCUACCUCAGGCCAACCGUAACAAACUCCUUCAGUACAUCUUAGCCUUCACCUUACUGUGAAUGGGACAUGGUCCUCCUGAUCUUCAAUCAAGGGCUUCUUCUGGUUCCUCCUGAAACAAUCCCAGGUGCUACUCUGGAAAGCUUUACCAGGAAGUGCCUUUAAGCGACAUGCUAACACCUCUCCGCUGUUAGCAGAAGGACUUGAAGCUGUCUUCCUUUUUUGUUCCAGUCAAAAAACAGAUGUAGAGCUGAAGCGGUUAGUCAUAAGGUUUUAAUAUCACAAAUGUACUCGAGCAGGUCAACUGUAUCACUUUUCUAGCCUAAUCAACACAGCAAGAUGCCUCCUGGCUAUCCAUGGGUUUCAGAAUGACGAAAAAUGAGGAAGGUUUCGAUGGCAAUUAACAAUUUAAAAACAAAAAAUGAUAUCAUCUCAAUGAUAAAAAGUUUUCAAAAUGUUGCCUAGAAACAGGAGAUUGAAACCCAUGAAUACAAGAUGAAUAUAAAAUAUGCAUACUGAAAGAAACACAAGUAGUUAAAUAUUUUAUUCACUCUAGUACUGUAUAAAAUAAUUGUGUUUAAAUAUGAACAAUGUUUUCAAUUUAAUUCAUGUGUACAAUUAUAGGUCAUGGGAAAACUAAUAUUUUGAUACAAAAUUUGCCAGUGCUGCUUUGUAAACUCUGUUUAAUCUUCAAAAGUCAAGUUAUUUCAAAGUGCAUUCAAAACAUAUAGAAGUGCACCUUUUCUCAUAAGUUUUCUACACCAUUCAGAAAAUGUCAUAAUCCAAAACUGUUUGGUCCUGCCUUUCAGGGGAAGCAUUUUCUCUCACAACACCUUCAGCAAACGCCUUCACCAUUUAGACUGAAUAAGGCAGGUACGUGAAGAGUGGAGGUUUGUUAAGGCCAUUUGAGGUCAAUAAGAGGUUGUCUAUAUGAUACACUCUCCAGACAUUUACAGUUAACUGUAUGCCUUCCUUUUUUACAUGUUUACUUCUUGAUACACAGCUGCAGAUUAUAUAUAGGAGAAGGUCCUAGCAUAACAUUAUGACAUGAAGAGCAGUUUAACAGAUGAACUGGAGGUGGAAAACACUCACAUUGUGAUUGUACAGUACCCAAUCCAAGACAGCUUUGAGGUUUAUUGUGUUGGCAAAUUGUAUGUCUAUUGAGGGUAAGAAGUAAUGAUGGACUGAAAAGAUUUCUGGCAAUAAGUGAUUAAAAAAUAUAUAUAUUUAUGUUAAAACUGGUCAAAACACUGCUUGAAGUUUCUCAAAUUUAAUUUAAUAUUCCUGCAUAUUUUCAAUGCAGUUUCUCAUCUAUUUAUGAAGCAAAAUGAUAAAAAGAAUAGCAUGUUGAUGAAAUGAAACGUAUGUUAUUUAAAUGCAGCAAACUUACGCACAAAGCUUUUUUUUAUGCUGAAGUGAAGAGACAAUGUAAAGAGCGUAAACGCAUUUCUGAGCCUAUGUCCCUAUCGCGCCCCCCAACCACUUGUACCACCAAGUACAGCAUGUUUUACAGUGGACUGCCUUUAGUUAGAGGUUUUUGUAUGUACAUGUAUUUUGCAGUCUAUAGAGUGAAUAGUGAGCAGAAAGAUAGCAGUUUGUUGUUACCUCUUGAAUGUAUAACGCCCUCUACAGGUCAAUGUAAUAUUGUUGGAUACUGAUGGUACAAUUUGAUCUAGAUUUACAAUGAAAUGCUUAUUAUUUACAUUACUGACAUCAUGAUAUGUAACUACUGUAUAGUACUAAUGCCUGUGUUUUGUGAAGCAGGUGCCUUUAUAAUGCACUGUAGUGUUAUUUUUCUUUGUUUUUUUCAUAUUUUUUGUUGUGCAUGUUGCAGUUAAUCUCGUGUGGAAAUCGCUGUAGUUUUUAAAUUAAAAGAAAUAGACACGAAGAAAGACUUGUAACACUGAAAAGAAUCACCAGCUUCAGUCAUUGUUUUGUUUUUGCUUUUUCAAAGCAAAGCACAAUUGGCAUUACAACAUGUAGUUUUUAAAUAAAUGAACAGCAGACUAACAACA